AUGGACGGCUACAUUCAUUUGCAUGGGUCGCCUUCUGAUAGAUGUCUAACGGAUCUUCUGGACUUCAACUCCCUUUUACCAGCUGUGCUAGUGUUCAUAGAGUGGUUGGUUGGCAUGCUUGAUAAAGCAGAAGCGUAUUGCGCUGAUGAAAAAGAUGAAGUUGAGGUGUUAUCAUACUGCUCUUUGGGAGAGUACAAGUUGAGGGGCUUUGCCCCCGUGGCCCAAUCACAUCUGCCAUUGGAUUUCACUAUUCAUGGGGAUUGUAUGGACAAUUUUGAUAGUAUGAAUGUGUGUCGUGUCCAUCGUAUCUUUCAUGCUGCGAUGAAAUUGGUGGCCAGAUCCAAUGGUUCUCAAAAGUGGAUCUUUUAUGAUAAGUUGGGAAGAAAAUUCUAUACAGCAGAGUCAGUGAAAUUUCAAGACCAAGGAGAAACAAAAGUAGCGGCAUGCAGUUAUUCUCAUGAAGGUAAACAGCCCCAUCAGCAUAAAUGUGGAACCACAAAAGAAAAUGAGGAAGAAGUCAAUGGGAAGCAUCAAAAACAACCUAGUACAAAUGUUGAAUCUCUCAAUGUGGAAGAUGAGGAAGUCAUUCUCUUCAAGCCUCUCACAAGAUAUAAUUCAGAACCACUUCAUACUUACAUCACCACAAAUGAUCAAAGUUCUACUGAAGGUACAAAGGAGCAUGCAGCACCUUCUGAUGAAUGCUUGCGCCGUGCCACAUCAUUGCUUAUAGCACAAAACCAAUUGCAGACUGAUCCCUUCAAUUUUCAUUCAAACACCUCUAAUGUUAGAUUCAACAAGCCAUUGAAGCAGCAAGAACCUAUUUUGAAGGAUUCAGCAACAUAUCCUGCAGGACCUCCCUCGCUCAGUGGUUGGGUCUUCAAUAGCGGUCAGAACCUUGAAAGAGAGAAAGGAACAAUGGAUUAUAAUAAACAUUUGUUGAGCCCUAUUGAGGAAGUACCUUCUGCAUCCUUGAAUGCUCUCUCCAUCAGCGAAGCUAAGGACAAUGCAACUGGUUCUGGGCACGUUUCUCCCAUAACCCGCAACAACUCCUCUCCAUAUGUGGCUCCAGUGCCCUCUGCCCCUUUAUUACCUGAUGAAGCUGUUUGGUUCAGGAGCAAUUCAAGUUUUUCUGAGAGCAAAAACACAGUGGGGAUUAAGGAAGCUGAUGGUAUUCUUGGUGCAUCACCUGUUGGUGGAUACUCAAAUUUGUCUGUAGCACAUAGACCAUUCGAUUCUGGUCCUGCCGUACCAGGUUUCAUUGGUGGAUACCCACCAAUUUUUGGAAUGAGUUCUUCUGAAUGGCUUUAUCAGUAUGCAAACAAUCGCAAUCACGAGCUAGUUAAUAACCAUGUUCAACCAGUUCAAGUCAAUCCACCUGGACAUAUUGGAAACUUCAUGGUCAUGACACUUCAAGGUUUGAUCUGUUUAAUCGAUGGGGAAAUCCUUUGGUUUCAAGCCGGAUGGUAUAUUUGGAGAGCCCAGAAUCGCAUCCAGGUUUACCUCCUGUUUAUCAUCUGGAAGAACUAA